AUGCCCACCGAUUCUGCGACUUGCUUUCAGAGUCAUGAUAAGCGCUUUUCAGCAAUUAUUGGACCCACGCCGACACUAGAGCUUCUGGCGGAGCAUCAAGCAUACCCUUUCGCUCACGAGGCUGGGGUCUUCUUUCCUGAUACCAACAAUCUUUACAUCACUAGCAACCGAUGUAUCGGCCCCAAUAAUGAACAAAAGGUCUAUAUCACUCAAGUGGAUCUAAAUAAAAGGCCAGUAACGUAUGAGGAGGUCCCCACUGAUAUCCCCAUGGCCAACGGAGGCAUUAAUUACGGCCAGAGCGACAUUAUUUUUUGCUCGCAAGGCUCCAUGGACCAGCCAAGUGGCUUAUACCGUAUGUCCACGCGUUCAUAUGAGUCGGAGCUUUUGAAGAGCGACUUCUUCGGUCGGCAGUUUAAUUCUGUCAAUGAUGUGGUGGUACACACGGAUGGCUCAGUCUGGUUCACGGAUCCCAUUUACGGCUUUGAGCAGGGCUACCGGCCACGUCCAUGCUUGCCUAAUCAAGUUUACCGAUGGUGCCCGAAAACUGGGAAUAUUCGAGUUAUGGCCGAUGGAUUUGGGAGACCGAAUGGUAUUUCCUUGUCGCCGGAUGAAAAGGUCGCUUAUAUUACCGAUACCGAUCGGGUUCACGGCGACGGGACGAUCGAUGAUCAACGAGUUUCUUCAAUCUAUUCAUUUGAUAUUUCUGAGUAUGGUGGAGAAAAAUUUCUCACAAACCGGCGUCUCUUUGCCAUGGCGGACCAGGGCAUCCCAGACGGCAUCAAGUGUGACCUUGAAGGAAAUGUGUACAGUGGUUGCGGGGACGGCAUCAACGUAUGGUCCCCGGGUGGCGUUCUUUUGGGUAGGGUCCUCAUUGAAGGUGGUGUUGCAAACUUUUGUUUCGGGAGAAAUGGGGAGAUCUUUGCUCUGAAUGAGCAUCGACUCUGGAGAGUCCAGUUAGGAGCGACUGUGAAAGGGGCAUUGCUCAGAUUGUAG